UUUUCACCAGAUAGAACAAAACAGCCAGGUCAAAUGGCACCAGAUAGAACACAACAGUCAAGUCAAAUGUUCCCCGACAGAACACUACAAGCAAGUCAAUUUUCACCAGAUAGAACACAACAGCCAGGUCAAAUGGCACCAGAUAGAACACAACAGUCAAGUCAAAUGUUCCCCGACAGAACACUACAAGCAAGUCAAUUUUCACCAGAUAGAACACAGCAGCCAGAUCAGAUGGCACCAGAUAUAACACACCAAUCAAGUCAGUUUUCAAAAGAUAGAACACAACAGUCAAGUCAGUUGUUCCCUGACAGAAUCUAUCAGGCAGGUCAGUUGUCACAAGUCAAAGCAAAACUGUCAAGUCAGUCCAGCCCAGAUAGGGCUCCACAGUCAGGUCAGUUCUUACAGGACCGAACAUCGCAAUCAAACCAGCCGUCCCAAGACAGAACAUCACAAUCCAGUCAGUUGUCUUCAGGACUGUGCUCUAUCUGUGGCGAUCAAGCAACUGGUAGAAACUAUGGUACUUUAAGUUGUGAGCCUUGCAAAGCGUUCUUUAGGCGCACAAUUAUCAGGAACCUGAUCUACACCUGUCAUGCUCAAGGCACGUGUGUCAUUGACCGGCUUACGCGAAGCAGAUGUCAGUUUUGCAGAUUUAAGAAAUGUCUCCUCCUGGGCAUGAACCAAGACGAUGUCCAGCAGGGUAGUAGUGCUACCAGAGCGAACAAGCCCCCUCUCUUCACGCAUACAACUAUGACAAGCGCCUUCCGUCCACGUGCCUUUGAUAUGCCAAUCAAGGAUAUACUCGACGCUGAGUUAGCAAUAGAGCCCAAGACUGACACUUACGUCAACACACAGAAAGAGGCAGUCACGAAGAUAUGCCAGGCUGCGGACAAGCAGCUGUUAACCUUGGUGACAUGGGCAAAGAUGAUCCCCCACUUCAUGGAGCUGUCGCUGGAGGACCAGGUGGUACUGCUGCGGGCAGGCUGGAACGAGUUACUGAUUGCUGGUUUCUGUCACCGAUCGACUGCUGUGACCGAUGCUAUCUUGUUGUCUACGGGGUUACACGUUGACCGUGCCGCUGCACGCAAAGCUGGAAUUGGGGCAAUAAUUGAUAGAGUCUUGACAGAAGUAGUAGGCCGCAUGAAGGCCUUACAGAUGGAUAAAGCAGAGCUGGGCUGUAUUCGAGCCAUCAUAUUACUCAACCCAGAUGUAAAGGGGUUACAGGCACCUUCAAUUGUCGAAACACUACGCAGCAACGUGUAUACAUCUCUGGAAGGUUACUGCCUGUGCAGACAUCCACAGCAACCGGCGCGGUUUGCCAAGGUGCUCCUUCGUCUGCCGGGAUUACGCUCCGUCACUCUGGCCAGUAUGGAACACCUAAGAUUCUACAAAAUGAUGUCGGACAUCCCUGUUCACGUUCAUAUAAUGGAUAUGCUGGAGGAUCAGCAGACGGACUUGUUUUAGUCUUUUAACAUUUUGGCGGUCCCAAGAAGUAAUGCAUUUUGUAAAUACGCAUAACUAUAUGUAAUAAAUUAAUAAACCAACAAAGAGAUUU